GAGUCCUCUACGCGCGUGGCCGACUUGCGGAAGCUGCGGGGGCGGACUUGCGCGGGCCCGCCUUCUGGUGCUGCGUUCAGCUCUCGCUCGCGAGGCGCGGCGGCGGCGUGGGAGGGAGCUGCGCGCCAGUGUCUGAGAGAGAGAGAGCGAGAGCAGGAACACAAGCAGGGGGAGUGGGAGAGGGAGAAGCAGGCUUCCCGCCGAGCAGGGAGCCCGAUGUGGGACUCGAUCCCAGGACCCUGGGAUCAUGACCUGAGCCGAAGGCAGACGCUUAACGACUGAGCCACCCAGGCGCCCCUAUGGAACUCUAUUUUAAUAACCUCUCAAAACAAAAGAAACAAGUCAUGGAGAAGAAUGGGAAUAACAGAAAGCUUCGGGUUUGCGUUGCUACUUGCAACCGUGCUGAUUAUUCUAAACUUGCCCCGAUCAUGUUUGGCAUUAAAAUGGAACCUGAGUUCUUUGAACUUGAUGUGGUGGUACUUGGCUCUCACCUGAUAGAUGACUACGGGAACACAUACCGCAUGAUUGAACAAGAUGACUUUGACAUUAACACCAGGCUACACACAAUUGUUAGAGGGGAAGAUGAGGCAGCCAUGGUAGAAUCAGUGGGCUUGGCCCUAGUGAAGCUACCAGAUGUCCUUAAUCGCUUGAAGCCUGAUAUCAUGAUUGUUCAUGGAGACAGGUUUGAUGCCCUGGCUCUGGCUACAUCUGCUGCCUUGAUGAAUAUCCGAAUCCUUCACAUUGAAGGUGGGGAAGUCAGUGGGACCAUUGAUGAUUCUAUCCGACAUGCCAUAACAAAACUGGCUCAUUAUCAUGUAUGCUGCACCCGAAGUGCAGAGCAACACCUGAUAUCCAUGUGUGAGGACCAUGACCGCAUCCUUCUGGCAGGCUGCCCUUCCUAUGACAAGCUUCUCUCUGCCAAGAACAAAGACUACAUGAGCAUCAUUCGGAUGUGGUUAGGUGAUGAUGUAAAAUCUAAAGAUUACAUUGUUGCACUACAGCACCCUGUGACCACUGACAUUAAGCAUUCCAUAAAAAUGUUUGAAUUAACAUUGGAUGCGCUUAUCUCAUUUAACAAGCGGACCCUAGUUCUGUUUCCAAACAUUGAUGCAGGGAGCAAAGAAAUGGUUCGAGUGAUGCGGAAGAAGGGCAUUGAGCAUCAUCCCAAUUUCCGUGCAGUUAAACAUGUCCCAUUUGACCAGUUCAUACAGUUGGUCGCCCAUGCUGGUUGUAUGAUUGGGAACAGCAGCUGUGGAGUACGAGAGGUUGGAGCUUUCGGAACACCUGUGAUCAAUCUAGGAACACGUCAGAUUGGAAGAGAAACAGGGGAGAAUGUCCUUCAUGUCCGGGAUGCUGAUACCCAAGACAAAAUACUGCAAGCAUUGCACCUUCAGUUUGGUAAACAAUACCCUUGUUCAAAGAUCUAUGGGGAUGGAAAUGCUGUUCCAAGGAUUUUGAAGUUUCUUAAAUCUAUUGAUCUUCAAGAGCCAUUACAAAAGAAAUUCUGCUUUCCUCCUGUGAAGGAGAAUAUCUCUCAAGAUAUUGACCAUAUUCUUGAAACUCUAAGUGCCUUGGCUGUUGAUCUCGGCGGGACAAACCUCCGAGUUGCAAUAGUCAGCAUGAAGGGUGAAAUUGUUAAGAAGUAUACUCAGUUCAAUCCUAAAACCUAUGAAGAGAGGAUUAAUUUAAUCCUACAGAUGUGUGUAGAAGCUGCAGCAGAAGCUGUAAAACUGAACUGCAGAAUUUUGGGAGUAGGUAUUUCUACGGGUGGCCGUGUAAAUCCUCGGGAAGGAAUUGUGCUGCACUCAACCAAAUUGAUUCAAGAAUGGAACUCCGUGGACCUCAGGACCCCCCUCUCUGACACCCUGCAUCUCCCCGUGUGGGUGGACAAUGAUGGCAAUUGUGCUGCCCUGGCGGAAAGGAAAUUUGGCCAAGGAAAGGGCCUGGAAAACUUUGUGACACUUACCACAGGCACAGGAAUUGGCGGGGGGAUCAUCCAUCAGCACGAGCUGAUCCACGGAAGCUCCUUCUGUGCUGCAGAACUUGGCCAUCUUGUUGUGUCUCUGGAUGGGCCUGAUUGUUCCUGUGGAAGUCAUGGAUGUAUUGAAGCAUACGCCUCUGGAAUGGCCUUGCAGAGGGAAGCAAAAAAGCUACAUGAUGAGGACCUGCUCUUGGUGGAAGGGAUGUCAGUGCUGAAAGACGAGGCCGUGAGCGCGGUCCAUCUCAUCCAAGCUGCGAAACUUGGCAACGCGAAGGCCCAGAGCAUCUUGAGAACAGCUGGAACGGCUUUGGGUCUUGGGGUUGUGAACAUCCUCCACACCAUAAAUCCUUCCCUCGUGAUCCUCUCUGGAGUCCUAGCCAGUCACUACAUCCACAUCGUCAAAGACGUCAUCCGCCAGCAAGCCUUGUCCUCGGUUCAGGAUGUGGACGUGGUGGUUUCGGAUUUGGUGGAUCCUGCCCUGCUUGGUGCCGCGAGCAUGGUUCUGGACUACACAACUCGCAGGAUCUGCUAGGCCUCUGGGGAGUGGACCUGGACCGAGACUCAGAGCUUCUUUGUGGAAUCAGGUUGCCUUUUAGACGAGCGUUUCUUAAAAAGCAGUUUUGGUAUUUAAAUUUGGUAUUUGGCAGGUGACUUCGGCAGUUAAAUUUUUGCUUUUAGUCUCCUCUUCCGAAGUCACCUUUCCCAACCCUCACUUUUGUAAAUGCUGCUCUUUCUGGGGUCAUUUCAGCUCAAACCCUGUAAGUACCAGUCACAAUCUUCUGUGCCAAAGGAGCUGUGAUCGUAGACAAGGAUGCCUCAGGGCUCUGCUUACUAGAUGGACCACGUAGACCUGCAGGCCUUGUCUGAGGCAGGGCCUCGAGACUGGAGUGUAAAUCACUCAUCCUUCCUCCUCUCACCCUAAACUCAGAUUGCGGAAAGGGAUCCGGUCAGGAGACAGAAGGAAAUCUCACUGUGAAAGGCUUAAGUAAACUUUUUUUAAAAA